AGUGAUUCAGUCGGCAUAUCUAGAGGCUGCUGAAGGUUGCUCAAUCCCAUCACCAGGAUGGACCUUGCUUCAGCGCCCCGUGGGGAGAGCCCGCCGUUGAAGGCUCCGCUGGUGGAGAUAGAAGCCGCGGAGGUGGAAAGAAGCCUCCCGCAAGAGAACGCCGCUCCGGAGGAAAAGGGUUCAAACUCGCAGUCCGAGUACGAGUCUGACAGCGAUGCGCUGGAUGAUGAGUGGGAGACUCAGUCCCUUUACGAGGAUGCCAUCCAGAUGAUUCGCGAUGACCAACUUCGCGACGGAACAAUACCCGGAGCUUGUACCCUAGAGGAGGCUAUUGAGUUUCGGAAGAGGCUGCAUGAAGUUGGCAAAGCGCAAUUUGUGGAGGAGACGAUUGCUCGCGACACGGUGACCGCGAAGAAGCUUUGUACUGCCUUUGGGAUUCUUCCUCCAUCUUUUCUCGAAGGUGCACCGGACGAGGCUUAUCAUCCGUUACUUGCGAUCGCCAUCUCUCGGGAGUUCGCGAGACGUCAAAAAUUGCCACAAUACAACUCGGUUGAUGAUGCCGUAAAACUUCUCAAGGAGUCAAAGAAUAUUAUUGUCCUGACGGGUGCAGGUAUUUCAACGAGUCUUGGAAUUCCGGACUUUAGAUCCAAGGACACUGGCCUUUACUCAAAGCUGGAAAAUCUUGGCUUAAAUGAUCCUCAAGAAGUCUUUGAUAUUCGCAUCUUCCGCGAGGACCCGGGUAUUUUUUAUUCGAUUGCGAAGGAUAUCCUUCCGACUGAGAAGAAGUUUUCACCAACUCAUGGGUUUAUCCGGUUGCUUCAGGAUAAAGGAAAACUGCUUACCAACUACACCCAAAAUAUCGACAAUAUCGAGGCCAACGCAGGCGUGUUCCCUGAAAACAUUGUACAGUGCCACGGCUCUUUUGCCACAGCCACUUGUGUCAAAUGUCAGUAUAAGGUUGCUGGGGACGAAAUUUACGAUGAUAUAAAAAAAGGUUUGAUUCCUGAAUGCGCACAGUGUCGCAAGCGCAUUGCCGAAGAUUCGCAGAAACCACAAGGACAGAAGCGGAAGCGCAACAGCACUAGUGCUCACAAGGAUAGAAGCAAAAGUGGAGAAGACAGCUCUGAUGGGGAGGACUACGAGAUACCAACGCCAGGGGUAAUGAAGCCGGACAUCACUUUCUUUGGAGAAGAUCUCCCCGACGAGUUUGGGCGCCGUCUCCUGCACCAUGACCGAGACAAGGUGGACUUGGUCAUUGUCAUUGGGACGUCUCUGAAAGUUGCACCGGUGGCGGAGGUUCCAGGCGUGCUGCCACCUCACAUACCUCAAAUAUACAUAUCCCGUACCCCUGUAGCACAUACGAACUUUGAUAUCGAUUUGUUAGGCGACUGCGAUGUAGUGGUGUCCGAGCUCUGCCGUAGGGCCGGAUGGGAAUUGAAGCAUGAGAUGAUAUCCCCAGACGAAAAGGUCGAUGUCACUCCAGUUUUCGGAUACGGAUCACGACAUGUAUUCAAGGUUAGCGGAUAGCAU